CUUAUGUAUCAAUUAAAAAAGCAUAUCACAUAAGUCUUCAUGAUAUUAGUUUGAAUGAAAAUUCCUAAAUUAGUUACCAAAUUUCUUACAAUCUCAUCAAUUGCUUUACACAAAGGUUUUUUAAGGUCAAAUGUGAUACCUUUUAUAACAUAAUUCACCUAUUAUUAACUUAAAUUCUUUAUUAUUGCCUACUACAUUCAACAUCUCAUCAAUUUGCAUUACACGAAUUAAAGCUUAUGUAAGAUAAGUUAAUAUUAUAUAGUAGUUUAAUCAAAUGUGAGAUAUGUAACUUGGUUUUCUUAUUAGACCACACAUUAUGAAAGAUUAUAUAACACCAUUAUAUAACACCAUUUUAUUAUUAGACCAUACAUUAUGAAAGAUUACAUAACACCAUUCUAUAAGAAUUUUUUAAAUUCACUAUACAUGUACAACUUAUGAAUGUCGAAGGGAUAAUUAUUACUUAUGUAUCAAUCAAAUACAUAUUUUACAGUGGAUGAAAUUUAUACAAAAAUAAAUAAUUAGCUUAUAACCGCCGCGAAGCGCGGGCCAAAAAGCUAGUAUAUAUAGUAAUGUGAGCAAUAACGGUGUAAUUUUUCCUUUUCAAUGAAAUGAGAAAAAGACAUUAGAUCGAUAACAAUAAGUUCCGAAAAGGAUCACACAAGGUUAGAGAAGAGGAGAGAUCACCGUGGGGAAAUACGGCUGAUCCGUCGUCGUCGAAUAAACAAUUGUUACUAUUGGAUUCUCGGAGAAAUACGGCUCUGAUCUUUUGAAUAAGUAGUUUUGCUUCUCUUGGGUACGUUCUAAACAAACUUAAUCUAAUUAAUUUAUUCAAAGGAUCAGCCAGCCGUCGGAAAAUUUCCCCACGGUCCGGUGAAUCUCUCUCCUUGCACUAUAAAUAUCUCUCUUUUAUUUCCACUAGUAACAUAACAAUUAUAACAGUCGAUGCAAAGAAUAACACAAGGAAAUUAAACCAGCCAGCAAUGACGCGAGCAGUUCUUCUUCUGCCGGCAACGGUAUUCAUAACAUCCCUUGUCAUUACGAUUCUGCCGCCGGCCGCCGCGGAUUGUGGCUGUGCCCGUUACACUACCUGCAGUGACUGUGACGGCGAGAUAGCUGGACCCUGUUGUGAUGUAUAUGGCGCGUGCGGAUCUGGCGGGGGUUACUGUGAGCCUUGUUUUUGUUCCCAGUAUCCCGAGAAUCGGUAUGUAGCUUGCGAUGAUUGUCAUUGCUUAGGAACAUGCGCUUCCCACAAUAUCAUAGUUGCUACCUACGACGACGACCACCACCGCAACCAUAGCAGCAGCAGCAGCAGUACUACUAGUAAUAACGUUUCUGCUGCUGCUCCCACUCCAAGUUGGCACCUAAUGGAGAAUAUGUCAUCGUCGUCGUCUUCGGUUACUAGCUCGAGCGAGGUCAGGCCGGUGGUUCAUCGGUAUGGUUCGGCUGCAGUUUGUGGACAAUCAGCAAUGGAUUUAGCCAAUACUGUUGUUCCCGGCCAAUGCCUAGAGGUGACGAAUCUUGAAAAUGGCAAGCACGCAAUGGUGAGAGUUACGGGUCAUAAGCAAUAUCAUUGCAGCAACACAAGUUUGUUGUUGGAGCGCGGUGUUUUUCAGCAGCUCGUGGGAACAAGCGGCGGCGGCCAUGGCGAUCAACGAGCUCGUCACUUUCCUAUUAAUUACAAGUAUGUGCGUUGCAUCGGCAAUUAGUGAGUCAAUGAAUUAAGCACUAGCUAUCCCGGUUUAGGGGCAUAAUACGAAGACUGCUAUGUAACAUGAAGCAUGAGAUACAAGAUGGUUUGCUAACCUAUAUCCGCCUUUUAACAUCAGAUUCUAUUGUCACAAUAUAGGAUCUGUAUAUCAUAAAAAUGUUCCUUUAUGUUUCCAACUUUUUAGAGUAAUAUAAGCAUGAUCACACACAUAUAUAUAAGAUGUGUGACUUAUAAAACUGUUGCCCACUUGAAUAAUAUAUAGCAUCUAUAUUAGUUUUGUAUCGGGUAGGGGGAGGGGGUUGGAGCUUCGAGAAUUUUGAAAUCACAUACAAAAUUUUAUCGGAUUUUGAAACAUUAGGUAUAAAAUGAAGGUUAUUUUAUAAAUAAAAUGGUGUGUAAAAUUAUAAUACAUCUCGCGGUAGUCGCGAGCGGAAAUUUAAUUGCAAUUCUCACCGGGGUCUAGGUUUGAGCUUCGUUGAAAGCAAUAUCCCUUUUUCUAUUUUUAACCUUGUUCGUUUAUUUAAUGUGUGAUCAAAGAGCAAAAUCGACUAUUUAAUUUUAAAAGUUUGUUAUGUAAGUCCUAUAAUUUCAAAGGAAGUCAUUUAAACUUUUCAACUUUUAAUUUGUUUUACAAGUCCUUUCACGAUCAAGUAAGACUAAAUGAAACUAGAUUUGGGUCAAAAUAAGAUAGAUAUGGUAUUUUAAAGUUUGUAUCUUUACUAAUUUAGGUGUAUCUUCUUCCUUUGAUGUCGAAACGAUCUACCGUUUGCACUCGCAAGAAAAACAUUUUCAACAGGAACACGGCUUAAGAUAAGGUUGUGUCAGAGGCAAAUUUUACCGUUUCGACAAUUCUGUCGUUACAUUUGAAUUUCCUAAAUAAUUUGUGUGUGUCUCCUUCGCCUGAUAUCGAAAUGAUAAUUUAUUUGCGCCCAUACAAUCUUGACGACGGGAGAAAGUUUAUAGAGGAAACACGGUUGUGUUGGGAUGGUCUCAUGAACAACUUUCGCCAUUUCGACGAUGCUACCUUUUUUUGAAGUUAUAAACUCUGGGUGGAACAUGGUCAUGCACACGACCAUAUUUGGGACGUGUUCAGGCCAAAAUUCUCAUUGUAGCUUUAUUUUCAUAAUCAUAUUUAUAGGUAGUUAAGUGUCAUGUAGAGUACUAGGGUUUUCAACUCCAAGUUGACUUGCCUUCUCAAAUCCUAGUAAAAUAGGCAAUUAAUUUAAUUACAAUUCGGUUCAGUCCUUAGUUUGAUUUUACGGUUUCGGUCUGGACCGAAACAAAACCGAAAAUGUCCAAAAUUCAGGAACCAAAGUCGAAUCGAAAGAUAAACAGUUCGAUCCGAUUCGGUGUGAGAGUUGAUUAUGUCCGAUUCGGUCCAAUGCGAAUCGAAUCGUUGCCCACCCCUAGCAAUAACACAAUAAUUAUUCCCUAAGUCUAUCUCUCUCUUAACCCUAGCCGAACCUAGGGGUGGGCAAGGUGAACGGCUAUUUGCCGCCAACCAAAUUGCUAUUUGCCGCCAACUAAAAAAAAAAAAAAAAUUGAAUUCAAAUUU